CUGAGAAUUGAGGAGGAAACAAAUGGCUUUGGACAAGAACAAACUGGAAGAAGAAGCUUGUGUUCUUCGCUUCUACAAAAUUGUCCUUAGCUGGGACUAUAUUCGCAUUCUCAAAGAAUCCCAAGUAAAGGACAAGAAUAAUAGAGGGGAUGGGAGCAGCCAGGGUCUACAGAAAGUGAAGGACACAUACAAAGAUGUCGAAGAAUACCUUGCAACAUUUGAGCCUCUUCUUUUUGAAGAGGUAAAAGCACAGAUUGUGCAAGGGAAAGACGAUGAAGAGGCAACUGAAUGGAUGCAAGGUAUAAUAGCAGAAUGCAGUGAAGUCAAUGGCUUUUACAUGCCAAUGGUUAUAUGUGUGGAUGCACAAUCGAUCUCACAGAAUGAUUUGUUAUUGCUUUCAAACAAGAAGUUUGAAGAUGUUAAAGGAUUCCCAACUGCAUAUGCAUUUGCACUAGUUGAGCAUCGUCAGCAUGAUAAAAUGAGACUCAGGCUGAAUACAAGUGGAGAAGUCAAAGGAUUGAACACAAAUGACGUCCAUUCCUGCUCAAGGCUGUUAAAUAUGCAAGCCUUAGUCACCGAAGUACAAAGAUAUGUAUUCAUCAUGAAGAUUUGCAGUUUAUCAACCAUUGUCCGUGAAUAUGUAGCUUUGCGGUCAAUUAGAUCCCUUCCUUUCAAAGAUUUGAUAUUAACGGCCGCUGAAAGCAAUUAUGCUGCUGAAGACCGUGCCUGGAAUAUAUCUAGACCCCUAAAGCAGUUUAUUGAAAGCAAUCAUAACCUGUCUCAAAUUGAAGCCAUAAAUGCAGGUCUUUCACGUAAGAAAUUCAUCCUGAUUCAGGGACCCCCAGGAACUGGCAAAACACAAACUAUUCUUGGGCUUCUCAGUGCCAUUCUGCAUGCUACUCCUGCUAGAGUACACUCCAACAAGGGGAAAUUAAGCGGAGUAAAGCGCGGACCAGAACUAGCACUUCAGGACAAAUACACUCACUGGGAGAAGGCUUCUCCAUGGUUGGUUGGGAUAAAUCCUCGAGAUGAACUGAUGCCUAUAGAUGGUGAUGAUGGCUUUUUCCCCACUACUGGAAAUGAUUUGAAACCAGAAGUGGUUAAUUCCAGUCGGAAAUAUCGUGUUCGUGUUCUGGUAUGUGCUCCAUCAAAUUCUGCCCUUGAUGAAAUUGUAUUACGACUUCUAAAUACUGGUAUCCGUGAUGAAAAUGACCAUGCUUAUAGUCCUAAAAUUGUUCGAAUUGGUCUCAAACCUCAUCAUUCUGUCCAGGCAGUCUCUAUGGAUUAUCUAGUGGAACAGAAACUUGCAGGCGUGGACUUUCAAAGUGGUGACAAGCAGAAGCAAGGAGGGGCUACAAAGGAUAAAGAUGGCAUCCGAGCUUCCAUUCUAGAUGAAGCAGUAAUUGUGUUCUCCACCCUCAGUUUUAGCGGUUCAGCUCUUUUCAGUAAAUUAAACCGCGGGUUUGACGUUGUUAUUAUAGAUGAAGCUGCUCAAGCUGUUGAACCAGCCACACUAGUUCCAUUGUCCAAUGGGUGCAAACAAGUAUUCCUGGUUGGUGACCCAGUUCAGCUGCCAGCCACUGUUAUCUCUCCCAUAGCUGAAAAGUUUGGAUAUGGAAUGAGCUUAUUCAAAAGAUUCCAGAAAGCUGGCUAUCCAGUACAGAUGCUAAAGACCCAAUAUCGCAUGCAUCCAGAGAUAAGGACCUUUCCUUCAAAAGAAUUCUAUGAUGAGGCACUGGAGGAUGGGCCUGAUGUUAUGGACCAAACAAAACGGUCAUGGCAUAAGUUCCGCUGCUUUGGACCUUUUAGCUUUUUUGAUAUACAUGAGGGAAAGGAAUCCCAGCCCUCUGGAAGCGGCUCUUGGGUUAAUGUUGAUGAGGUUGAAUUUGUCCUGGCAAUGUACUGUAAACUUGUGACUGGAUACCCAGAACUUAAGUCGAGUUCCAGACUUGCAAUCAUAUCUCCAUACAGAUAUCAAGUCAAACUCUUUCGUGAUAAGUUUCGAGAGACUUUUGGCGUAGGAUCUGAAAAACUAGUAGACAUAAACACAGUUGAUGGAUUUCAGGGGCGUGAAAAAGAUGUUGCAAUCUUUUCAUGUGUUCGGGCCAGCAAGGAUAGAGGCAUUGGGUUUGUGGCUGAUUUUCGACGAAUGAAUGUUGGAAUCACUAGGGCAAGGUCUUCAGUCCUGGUAGUUGGUUCGGCAACCACACUAAAAAGAGACAAGCAUUGGCAGAACUUGGUAGCAAGUGCUGAGCCAAGAAAUUCACUUUUCAAGGUUUCCAAGCCCUACACUGAGUUCUUUAGUGAUGAAAUCCUUAAAUCACUAGAAGCAAAGGAGUCUAUGCCGGAGAGAGAUGAGGUACCUCUCGAAGAUAUGGAAAUUAGUGUGCCUAUUCAUGGUGCUGCUGAUGAUGCUGAGCAAGGGCAAGCUGGAGAUCAGGAUUGGGGAGAUGCUGGAGAAGGAGAGGGUUUUGAUGGGAUUUUGACGAAGAUUGAAAUGUUCUCAUUUUUUGCCUCCCCAGGGGGAAGAGCUAAACCAUCACUUCCUUUUGCUAUAGUGAUUACGCGCGGGGUUCCCACCGGGAGUGGAUUUUUCAUCAUUUGUCCCUCUCAGUUUUAUUCCUUUAUAAAUGUACUUUAACCAGGAUCAUUACAAAUAUGGACAAAAUGUUAGAAAGCACAUGAACCUCGCACGUCAGCCUGUGCAAGGAUUUGAGCUGCUAAGUAUAUGACAUCUUCAUUCAAGAAUUAGAAAUGAAAAUUAGUCAGAGACUUCGGAUCAUUUAGUUACAUUUUCUUUCCUACUUUUGGAUGAGGAUCUAAAAUCUGCUAUACUUAAUUCUAUUAAUGUACUUUUUU